UCAUGGCUCCGCUAGUUUCACGGCGGCGGCCGGCUAUGGCGCAACCACCGUUCUUAGCUCAUAAUCUACUCCCAAAGUUUAAGCUGCUGCUGCUCUCCUUCGCACUCUUUCUUCAGCUCUCCGCGUCGGAGAUCUUCUUUGAGGAGCGAUUUGACGAUGAUUGGGAGAGCCGUUGGGUAAAAUCAGAUUGGAAAAGGAGUGAAGGAAAAGCUGGUUACUUCAAACAUACAUCAGGGAAAUGGCCGGGCGAUCCAGAUGACAAAGGAAUACAAACACACACGGAUGCCAGGCAUUUUGCAAUAUCGGCAAAAUUUCCAGAAUUUAGUAACAAGAACAGGACACUAGUGGUCCAAUAUUCUAUUAGGUUUGAACAGGACAUCGAGUGUGGUGGCGGUUACAUCAAACUUCUUUCUGGAUAUGUCAAUCAGAAGAAAUUUGGUGGUGAUACUCCAUACAGUUUAAUGUUUGGGCCUGAUUUAUGUGGCACACAAACAAAGAAGCUCCAUCUGAUCCUUUCCUACCAGGGACAGAAUUAUCCUAUCAAAAAGGAUCUACAAUGCGAGACUGACAAGCUAGCACAUGUAUACACAUUUAUUCUUAGGCCCGAUGCCUCUUAUAGUCUUCUCGUUGACAACCGAGAAAGAGAAUCUGGGAGCAUGUAUACCGACUGGGAUAUACUUCCACCUCGAAAGAUUAAAGAUACCAAUGCUAAAAAGCCCAAAGAUUGGGAUGACAGGGAAUACAUUGAAGAUCCUGAUGAUAUUAAACCAGAGGGAUAUGAUUCAAUUCCAAAGGAAAUUCCUGAUCCAAAGGCGAAAAAGCCUGACACAUGGGAUGACGAUGAAGAUGGACUAUGGAAACCACCAAAGAUACCAAAUCCAGCUUACAAGGGACCAUGGAAACGCAAGAAGAUCAAGAACCCCAACUACAAAGGAAAAUGGAAGACCCCAUGGAUUGAUAAUCCUGAGUUUGAAGAUGACCCUGAUCUCUAUGUGCUGAAGCCUUUGCAAUACGUUGGUAUUGAAGUUUGGCAGGUAAAGGCUGGUUCAGUCUAUGACAACAUCCUGAUAUGUGAUGAUCCAGAUUAUGCAAAAGAGGUUGUCCAGGAGACUGUUCUUAAGAAUAGAGAGGUCGAGAAGGAGGCCUUUGAGGAAGCAGAGAAAGUAAGGAAAGCUAAAGAAGAAGAGGAAGCUCAAAGGGCUAGAGAGGAAGGUGAGCGUAGAAGAAGAGAACGGGGACAUGAUCGACGUUACCGUGACAGGGAGAGAUACAGGGAUAGAUACAAAAAACGCCAUCAUAGGGAUUACCUAGAUGAUGAUUACCAUGAUGAACUAUAAAACCUAGAUGAAUUCAUGUCAAGGAGUUGACUGAGCAUUGACUUCUGGCAUUGUUUCUGGGCAGAGGGGAAUGCUUCAAAUGAUGAUGAAUGUUCUCUAUAUAAAACUUUGUUGGCAGUUUUCUACUCAAAUAACUUAUUGUCCGUGAAAGUGAUGGGAGUUAAUUUGGACCUAUGUUUAUGUCAUUUUAUCUAUGUCAGAUCGAUGUCAAUGUUAUGGAUGGCAAACACUGAGUUCAUCAAC